AUGGUGCCGACACGUUAUGAUAAGCAGCGCGCUGCAUCAGCCAAUCUAGGGAACACCAAGAAGCAGAAGAUUUCCAAUGCACCCGGUAAUCUACUUUAUAUGGUAUUGGAUUUUGGGUCGUCUAUUGUGUGGAAUUAUUUGGGCGUUGAAGGUGUUUCCAACCUGCUUAAAGUGUGCUCAUAUCGGAUCUCGGGCGAUUUCGCUCAUAUCAUGGCGUUAAAUGCCAUAGGCAAGUUUUGCACCGAGAACAAGGUUCAUUUGGGGCUGGGAUGUGGCUGCGACUGGAUGCGAAGUCUCGAUUUUGUUCCUCGAACGGAUGACACAUGUGUUCAAAGCGUCCCUUUCAGUGUGGACAUGAAUUUGACAAUUCUUCGAAUUCCAGGCGGUGCUCAAGCUUUGCUGAACGCUCUGGUUAUCGCGCUGAAACUGAAGAAGUUAAUCCCUACAUAUCCUCUUCGUGGAGCUGCCAGAUUUGUGCCUGUGAUUUGUCCCUUAAUAACAAAAGAAAACAAGCUGUGCCCAUGCAGUCAGAGGGACUUGACCCGAGCGAUGAAUGGAAUUUGUCAAACGGCUGGUACGCACUACUUUCAUGACUACAAAAGAGGCAGGGGUCGCACAAUACCGGAUUACCUUGCUCAGCACUGGAACGGAAUGGAAGGCACUUCCUGCCAGUACUGCAAUAAUCUGACGGAGCCCCAGAGGAACUUCAUGGCACACUGUACCGACGUUUACCGUCCUAUUAAAGCUGGCCUCAAGGCCAAUCUACAAUUUGUGCGUUUUGUUCCACGACGCCGUGGCUUGUACGGUUUACCAAGCGAGUUAAGACUUGGCGGGAUGUACGAUCCAUACGAAGGACUGGCAGCAGGAAUUACAGCUGAUGGAAUUCUCUGUGGAUUCUACCAAAAGGACGGGUUCAAGGGCCACUACUAUUAG